GUCCUAUCAACUUGAGCAAUACAUCAACGCCUGACCUCACAGAACUCAUCAAUCUGGUAAAGCCUUCGGAAUCCAACAAUAGAGCUCAUGUGUCCUCGGACAACAAUAGUCACUAUUCCACUGCAGAACAAUCCCAGUACCACUCAUCUCUGGGCACCCACUUGCCAGUUAGUUUAAACAGCAGUGACCUCAUGACCACUAGUGACAGCUUGACCAAACCCUCGGUUAUUCAGCUCCAUUCAGGAUCAGCUCAGAUAUCUUCCAUUUCACAGCCCUACAACACUGCCAAUGUUGUCUCAGCUGACCUGGAUGCCUUGAAUGUUUC